GGGGGAGGUGUGCUGCAGACAAUGGAGUUUGCGUUUGAUUCAGCAUUCAGCAUUCAUUCAUUCAUCUAUUUGUUUCAUUGAGUUGGUUCUAUUCAUCUAUUUCUUUCCUUAUUUAUCUUCUUGCCAGGGUCUGUCAGUCCUUCGUCGGGGCCAUUGUUCUCCUUGUUCGAUUGUCUGAUACUUCUGGUUCUUCCUUACUUGGAUCUUUUUAUAUCGUCUUACUUUAAUUGACUGCGCUGGCGCAUCGAACUGUCCCUUGAUUCUCAUAUCUUUUUUUUUUUGGACGGACUAUACUUCCAUACCUACACUACACACAUACUUGCGAUAUACUACCUCCUUCGAAACCUUUCGCCAUAUCUACCAAUUGACCCAACUCUAUACAACACAACCUACUAUACCAACCUCCCACCCACAACCAAACCAAACCAAACCAAACCAAAGGAACAGAAAAAAAAAAUGUGGUUCAUCCUCCUCAAAAUCUUCAAAUUCGGCUUCUCGCAAGCCAAAAAACAACACGCCAAAAAACACCCCCAGAACCCCGACGACACCACCAACCCCUCCUCGAUCCCCAUGGCCGCGCGCUCCUUCCUCCAACCAACCCCUCCGCCCCCUCGCAAGCCCCUAAAACACUACCUCGGGCUCACCCUGCACUCUAUCCAGCUCAUCUUCGCCAUCGCCGUGCUGGCCCUCUACAGCUCUGACAUCCACAACGCGCACGAACGCGGGGACUCGGCGGGCGCGGAAUGGGUGUUUGCCGUCGUGACGGCGUUCCUGGGCUGUGUCACCGCGAUCGUGAUGUUGGUGUAUGUGGCGUUUCUGAAGCAGAGGAGCGUUGGGGGCAAGGCGGGGGUGUUGUUGGGGUUGUUUGCGUGGCAGGCGCUCGGGGUGGUUUUGUGGUUGGUGGUGUUUGGGAUCUUUGCGGAACGGUUCCUUGGGACGGAGAAGAAGAAGAUGAGGAGGGCGGUUUGGGUUGAUUUGGUUUGUUUGGCGCUUGCUGUUGGUGCUGCCGCUUGGGCUGGGUUGAGGUGGUGGAGGAGUGGGAGGGGGAAGGGUGGAGAGGAGGGGGUUGGUGAUGGGAAGGAUAGGGAGGCGGAGGAGAAGGAGGUUGUUUAG